GAGAUGCAUGCAUCGAGGAGGCAUUCAGUUGACUAUUGACAUUGGUUAAUUAUGCAAGCAUAUUUGUUGUGAAAUAUAAUUUUCGACUAUAUAUACAUACGUUAUAUUGUUCAAUGUGCGACUACAGCUGUGAGUGCAAAUUUGAGGGCAAGACAUUUGAUAAGGAAUUCGACCGUAUGUGGUUGGAUAUAGCCGAUGAGCUGCGACUGCAGCACGAAUCAACUGGCAUUGGCAAACUAUUUCAACACAAUCAGAUCGGCAGUCCGUGCGACAGUGGAUUCGAGAAAAUGUGGCGUCAGACUGCGGAGGAUCUGCAGAGGGAACAGGAGAUUGCAGAGCUCACACAGAGAUUUUGGCAAAAGCUAAAUUUGAAACGUAAACAAUCACGAUGGAGUGUACCCUGUGUGCCAAAGUAAUAAGAGAGUAGACUCUUGAUUGCUUAACAAUAAAAAGAUGCAGAGUGUGAAAUUGAUAAAAAAUUGAAGAAAAAUGUUUAUUUGAUAUACAAUUAGUCGAUCCACGUCCAAUUCAUAAAUAAGUAAAUAUUUGUAUUAUAUUUAGUCGUACUAGAAUACAAUGUAAAGAUUAAGUUCGUUUUGGUUAAAAUAAUUUAUUGAUUUCAGAAUAUAUUUGCAAGUUCAACAUUCAAAUUGAUUGGAUUGAUAGUAUCAUAAUAAUAAAAGACUUAACGUAGUAAUUAAUAUGCUCUGCGUUCACUUAUCUUGCC